AUGAAUUCUUCCUCUUCCACCAUGAAUGAAGAACCUGAUGCUCUUUCGGUAGUUAACCAGCUACGGGAUCUAGCUGCAGACCCAUUAAACAGAAGAGCCAUUGUCCAGGAUCAAGGAUGUCUGCCUGGCCUUAUUUUAUUUAUGGACCAUCCUAACCCCUCUGUCAUUCACUCGGCUUUGCUUGCUCUUCGAUACUUGGCAGAAUGCCGAGCUAACAGAGAAAAGAUGAAAGGAGAACUGGGUAUGAUGUUAAGCUUGCAAAAUGUUAUACAAAAGACCACAACUCCAGGAGAAACAAAACUGCUGGCCUCUGAAAUCUAUGACAUUCUUCAGUCCUGUAAUAUGGCAGAUGGUGAUAGUUUCAAUGAAAUGAAUUCACGUCGAAGGAAAGCUCAGUUUUUUCUAGGAACUACAAACAAGCGUGCCAAAACUGUAGUUUUGCAUAUAGAUGGUCUUGAUGACACGUCUCGAAGAAAUCUAUGUGAAGAGGCUUUGUUAAAAAUUAAAGGAGUUAUUAGCUUUACUUUUCAAAUGGCUGUUCAAAGAUGCGUGGUGCGAAUCCGUUCAGAUUUGAAAGCAGAGGCUUUGGCAUCAGCAAUAGCAUCAACUAAGGUUAUGAAAGCUCAGCAAGUUGUGAAAAGUGAAAGUGGAGAAGAGAUGUUGGUUCCAUUCCAAGAUACUCCUGUGGAAGUAGAACAGAAUACAGACCUACCAGACUACCUGCCUGAGGAGGAGAGUCCCACGAAGGAGCAGGAUAAAGCAGUAUCCCGGGUUGGCUCACACCCAGAAGGUGGAGCCAGCUGGUUGAGCACAGCCGCAAACUUUCUAUCCAGAUCAUUUUACUGGUGA